CAAACAUACACAUGUACAAAGAAAAUCACGGUAAUCCUAUAGCCAUGAUCCCAUACAGGAAGUCCAAUUAAAAAUCUGUGACGGCAGAGCCGACCACACAAUGGUAACAAUAUAAACAGAUGUCGUCACACGUAUUGUAUAAUUUGACGUGCGAGAAGGUAAUGCUUGUGACGAUCGUUUCAGGUGCUUGACCGUCACGAGCAAGUUUGGGAGAAGCAUUGACCACUGUCUGAAAUAAGACAGGCAUAUGCUAAUUUGACUCUGCUUAAGUAACAUAUGCUAAUUUGUCUUUCUCGGAAACCAGAAGUGCUUCAUCAUCAAGCGAUUUCUAUAAAUACUUUUUUGACGAUCUGGUUUGACCUUUAUACGAACAUACCCAUGAAAGAUAGUAGAAUCUUCGUUCAAAGGUCUGACUCGAUAUACUUCGUGAUUGAUCAUGAAUUAGUGGUCCAGGCUGCAGCAAGGUAGACAUGGCUUAAUCCGAACUUUAGCUUGCAUAUCAUUUUGGAAACGACAUUUCUGGGAAAAGGUGCUUCGACAGCAGAUCAUUUCUAAGAAUUUAGCAAGCAACGAAACAUGGCGGUUUAUGAUGUAUCCGAAGAAAAGACAAAUGGCACAAGACUGACACGACUUCUGGUUGAUGGAGGAACGCAUGUUCUAAAAGAGUUCCUUCAUUCCAUUUAUCCUCGCGAUAAAUUACAGAUCGUUUUAAGCAAAAACCGUCCAAAACUUCAUAGUCUGAAGCUGAGCCGUGUAAUAUUUGAUAGCCAGUGGGAAAAGUUAUUUCCUUCAUCAGGAGACCCACCAGACUCAGAUACUUUUGAUAUAUCGCUUUUGCAUUUGUUGAUUCGAGAAAUUUGUCAUUUGACGGCACCUUUAACUGGAUGGCACAAAAUGCCCACCGAAGAUGAUGACAGCGUAGAGGCCAACAUUGCCAGAAUCAAAUGCUUCCGUAAUGAGCUAUGUCACGGUACCUCUACCGGCGUUCCCAAUGAUGAAUUUGAAGAGAAAUGGAAGCAAGUAUCUUCUUGCUUAGAGGCACUUGAGCUAUACGCUUACCGACAGAAGAUUGAGCGCCUGAAGAGCGAUCCUAUAGAUCAUGACAUACAACGUCGAGUGGAGGAACAAGUCGAUCAGUGGGAACAGUUUGAUAAGUCCAUCAAAGUUCCAAGCUGCCUCCCAGACGAAAUUCCCGGAGAACUUAUGUUUGGCCGUUUACACGAGACACAACAAGUUACAGAAGCCAUACAAAGUGGAUCAGUCUCAGUUGUCUGGAUUACCGGCGGACCGGGAUUUGGGAAGACCACAGUGGCUAACAAGGCCGCUCAUGAAUUGUCCAGGCUUGACUGCGAACGAGCAGUACUGUUCUGUUCCUUAAGGUCUACGAAAAGCCUGAGUGAAGCAGCUACGUUAAUGACACUUGCUUGCAGUGAGAACCAGACGCAACCACCAGAGAAUCCCCAACAUUGGCUUCUAAACUGGAGCAAACAAAAGUGCUCGAGGGUCACUUUCGUUCUUGACAAUGCAGAUGAAGUUCUUGAAGACAGUGAUUGUAUAAACGAGUUUUUAAACCUUUUGGAAAAUAUGAGAAGGCUUUCAGGACAAAAUGUCACGUUUAUUAUUACCUCCAGAAUGGCAUGCAGCACAACCAGUUCACAAUCUAAGAAUGUUCGAUUAGCCUGUUUGCCAGUAGAAGAAGCGAAGCAGAUUCUUCUUUCGCGAGUCGCUGAUUUGGAAAGUCGGGCGAAACUUUCCAAGGUGGAAAAAUUGGUCGAGCUUUGUGGUUUUGUCCCUAUUGCCCUUUGUAUUGCUGGCUCGUUGCUCUCAGACUAUAAUGAAGAUGAACUCAUACAAAGUCUGGAAGAUGAGCCCUCGGAUGUCCUCCAAGUCGGUAGAAGGUCCACCGACCAAACUUCAGUCGAAAAAUCAAUCAAGAGAUCUUUUGAGAUACUUCACGAAGUGGAACAAAAAGCCCUCGUUCUGUUAUGUGUCUUUCCUGGCUCAUUCAAUUCUGAUGCGGCCAAGUCUUUGAUUGCAAACUGUACAACAAAUGCCAAAUCAGUCUCAGUUCUACAGGAAUUGAAAGACAGAUCUCUUGUCGAGCAGUUGAGACCAUGCAGAUACCAGGUACAUCAGCUCAUUCAAACAUUUGUGCAGAAGAUCGCCUCGGACAAGUAUCCUGGCCUCUUAGAUCUGGGAGAGAAACUGGCCUGUGCGCACUUCAUUUCUCGCCUUGCUGACAACGCUUAUCUCUACUGGAGCAAGGACACCUGCAAACAGUCUGUGGACUCCUUCAAUGAGGACAGGCACAACUUCGAGUACUUCCUUCAAGUUUACACUCACAUGCGAAGGAAUAUCGAAGACCAAGAAAUUGUGAAAUCCUGUAAAACUUUCCUUGAUGAUCUUCCCCAGAAGUGCAUGUAUCUAGAAAAGUGUGUUCUUCCGAGAUUUUACAUUUUUGUUCUGGAAAGAUUGUUGGAAAUGUUUCACUCAGAAUCUGAGCCAGUGCACAGAGUGGAACUUUUGUGUAUUCUUGGACACGAAAGCAGGAAAAAAGGAGACAGGGAAAAUUACCAAGAGUUCAUGAGGGAGGCCGAAGAAAUUCAUACAAAGAAUCGUGUUGACUUUGAAACACAUCCAUUAUCAGAAACUUAUUUCCGCAACAGUUGUGCUCGCUUUUUUUCGGGCAAGAAAGACCCCCUUGAGAACAAAAGAAGAGAUCAAGAAACUGAAGCUGCGUUGAAAGUCAGCCGUGAAAACCUAGGCGAUCACCCGGAAACAGCAGCAACUCUUUUAUUAGCAGGAAUAAUUGCACAACGUCGUAAAAAAUGGGAUGAAGCAGAACAGAAGUUUUUUGCGGCGUGGGAACUCUUUAAAAAGUGCCUUGGGAAGCACUUUAUGACUGCUGAAAUUCUCAAGGCCAUUGCGGACCUUCACGCCGGUAACUUUUUUCGUCAGAAGAGCGAGACCGAGUUGGACAAAUCCCUUACUUAUUAUGCACAGGCUAUUGAAAUAUUUGAGGACCUUGAAUUUAGACAAAGCAAAGAGAGUAUCUCGACUCUAAAGAACUUUGGAAUGUGCCACAUGAGGAAGGGUAACUUAGAUGAGGCCAUGGCUUUACUUACAGAGGCAGACGAGAUUGCCGAGAAAGAAUUAGAACCUUGUCACACAUGGAAAGUCAAGACAAAGACUGCACUAGCCACCUUACAUGACAAAAUGGGAAAUGUAGACCAGGCGAAAGCCGUGAUGCAUGAAGGGCUUUCGAUGGGCAAAAAGCUAGAUCUGGAAAUAGAUGAGAUGGGCAACAAAUACGAAAUACUAGUAUUCAUUAAUCGUCAUCCACAGACGUUCCCGGAGAUAGAAUUUCCAAGGAACGUGCGUGGUGCAGAUGGUCACUCUACCAAACGCCGUAAGCCUGGACCGAAAGUCGUUUCUAAACACUAAGGUGAUUACAGAAUACCAUAACUAGUGAAACACAAUCGAGUGUUUCCGAUUUAUUACAACACUGAGAAAGAUAACUUGAUUGUGACUGGCUGAGAGCAAGCAGAUUUUUGAUCUGCCGUACAGUGCAAA